AUGCUCGACGGUGAGACUCUUAAAGCUCUUUAUGAAAAACACUGCAAACAUGGGUUUAAAUACAGUUACGGUACAGCUGGAUUUCGCUACAAGGCGGAUAUUCUAGACACUGUGAUGUUCACCACUGGCGUCUUAGCAGGGCUCAGAUCGCUCCAUCUUAGCGGACAAACAGUUGGGGUGAUGAUAACUGCGUCUCAUAACCCACCAGAAGACAAUGGUGUGAAAAUUGUGGAGCCUAGAGGCGAAAUGCUAGAACAGAGCUGGGAAAAACAUGCUACGCAACUUGCCAAUUGUGCUUCAGAAAGUUAUGCUAGUUUUGCAACAAACUUGGAAGAACUGGUAAAAACACUGAAAAUUGACACAAACCGUUCAGGUGGGAUCGCAGUGGCCCGUGAUUCGCGGGAAUCGGGCCCCCGUUUAUUGGAAGCGUUUGAAGCUGGUGUACAGGCCUUUCCUACUUUGAGAAUUAGAGAUUAUGGCAUUCUGACCACCCCACAAUUGCAUUUUUUGACAAGCAAAACGAAUGAGUUUCCUCAAAAUGUGGAAAAAGAUGAAAAGCUAUACUACAAUGAGUUUUUGUCAGCUUGGGAUGAAAUUACAACCAUCAGUGGAAUUGAAGCGCUGCCUUUCGAAUUGAAGAUCGAUGCGGCUAACGGGAUUGGCGGUCCAAAGAUAAGUGCCAUGCUUUCGCAACGCCAAGUUUUCAAAAAUGCAUAUGAAGUUUCAAAUGCCGAUUGGCAAAAUUAUGCCGCGCUCAACUAUUGUUGCGGCGCGGACUUCGUAAAGACAAACCAGAAACUUCCACAUGGUAUCGCCGUUGGCGAAACUUUCAAUGCAAGACGCAUCAAUUGCUCGUUUGACGGUGAUGCUGACAGAAUAGUGUUCUAUUACAACGAUCCUCAAGGUCAGUUUAAAUUACUGGACGGUGAUAAAAUGGCUACUUUAUUUGCCAAGUUUUUCCAGCAGCUUCUCCGCAGCAGCGGAUUGCAAAAAGACGUGGAAAUGGGCGUCGUUCAAACCGCAUACGCCAAUGGAAGCUCCGCUAAUUACCUCGAACAAGUUUUAGGUGUAUCUGUCAAAUGCACAUCUACAGGUGUAAAACAUCUACAUCAUGAGGCGGUUAAGUUUGAUAUCGGCAUCUAUUUCGAGGCCAACGGUCACGGUACAGUCGUUUUCUCGUCAAAAUUUGUGGAAUUGUUGAACUCGAAGCUUGCGACAGACUCGCAAUCAUCUCCCGAGUCCUACAACUCCUUGAAACUGCUAUCAGUCUUUACUAGGCUCAUAAACCAAACGGUGGGAGAUGCUCUGUCUGAUAUGUUAGCUGUAUUGGCUGUCUUGUUGGUUUUGCAAUGGACCCCUCAAAAAUGGGAUGAAGAAUACACCGAUCUACCCAAUCGUCUAAUCAAAGUCGUGGUGCCAGAUAGAACCUUGUUCAAAACCACGAAUGCGGAAAGACAGCUUGAAAGUCCAGCUAACCUGCAACAGGAAAUUGAUGCACUCGUGUCAAAAUAUGACAAUGCGAGGUCGUUUGUUAGGGCCAGCGGAACUGAGGAUGCCGUGCGUGUCUAUGCAGAGGCUGCCUCAAGGGAACAGGCUGACGAACUGGCUGCAAUGGUGGGCAAGCUUGUUGAGAAUUGCUAG